CUUUUGGAUCAAACAGUCGACUAAAUAGUGUGUCAUUUGUCACGAGUUUUGCCAUUUCACGGAUAUAUCGUCGAAAUAAUGACCGAAAAGAAGUCGAAGAAGACUCUGGAGAGUAUCAACUCUCGGUUGGCACUCGUCAUGAAGUCCGGCAAAUAUAGCUUCGGCUAUAAACAGACACUAAAGUCACUCCGUCUGGGUAAGGCCAAACUGGUGAUCAUUGCCAACAAUACACCGCCGCUGAGGAAGUCUGAGAUCGAGUACUACGCUAUGUUGGCCAAGACUGGUGUCCAUCACUACACCGGCAACAACAUCGAGUUGGGAACUGCUUGUGGAAAAUAUUUUAGGGUCUGUUCGCUAUCCAUCACAGAUCCCGGAGAUUCAGACAUUAUAAAGAGUAUGCCAUCUGAACACCAAUAAUGAAAGUGAUGGUUAACUUUGUUUUGUGUAUAAUUUAAGACAAAAUAUUUUUCAUUUGAUUUAAAAAACUUAAUAAAAAGCGUGAAUUAAAAGACAA